UUUAGUGCUCUUGGCUCAGCUGGAGACGAGGAACCCUCAGGUUGUGUUGUUCUUUACCUUUUCAGCUUCCAGCCCUCUGCUGAUAUCACACCUUGCUUUCCUUGUUGGCUCCAUGAGAUGCUGCCAUGCUGGAUUUGACUUUUAGUGAGCCACCAGACAGAACUAAACAGGAGAAACCGUUGUUAGUAUUUUUGUAGAGCAUCCAUCUUCUAUUUAGUCUGUAGCUGGAAGAACAGAAGAGAACUCUGGUGAGCAAAGGUCCUCUUUUCCAGACUGGAUCUGUCCUCAGCUGAUCAGAACCAAAGCGUUGGAUCUUUAAUCUCCUGCGUUGUUCUGAAGCAGCAUCUUAAUCAGCUCUCCUGCUUUGUUUCUAUUGCAGCUGUUAGCUAAACACGGCUAAAGAAAACCUGCUACCACUUCAGGAUCAUCCAUCAGCUGGGACUGAUUCAUCGUGUGUUCUUCACCACCUGGACCUGGACAGCAUGGACACAGGUAGGGCUGCCACCUUUCAGAUAUGUAAAUAAGUAAAUGAGUUGGAGAAGUGGUUUUUCUCUUAGACAGCUGUGUUAUUCACACAGGUGUGAAACAUCUGUAAACGCCAGAUCUGGUGCAGGAAAAAGGCUGAACAGGGAGUGGGGACACACUUUGCCUUCUGCGGUUAUUUUCAACAAUAAGAAGCUUCAGAAGAACAGAGUGCUUGUGUCAACCACCAGCACCUAGAUUUUCUCCACAAACAGGAGGAACAGGAGAAACGCUGGUCUAGUAUGGAGGGAGAGCGUCUCCUUUUGAAUGAGACUGAUGCUGCCAGGUUUCAAUCCUUUAGCCAGAAAACACAUUUAAACAAACACACGAGAGUCCAGACAAAGCAGAAAAAUUUUGCCUGUGAGCACUGUGGACAAAGGUUUCACCAAAAGACUAAUUUAACCACACACAUGAGCAUCCACACAGGAGAGAAGCCUUUUGUCUGUGAGCUCUGUGGAACGAGAUUUAGCCGAAAGAAAAACUUAACCACACACAUGAAAGUCCACACAGGAGAUAAGCCCUUUCCUUGUGAGCUCUGCGGAAUGAGAUUUAGCCAAAAGACAACAUUAAACACACACAUGAGAGUCCACACUGGAGAGAAGCCCUUUCCUUGUGAGCUCUGUGGACAAAGAUUUAGUCAAAAGGGAAGUUUAAACACACACAUGAGAGUCCACACAGGACAGAAGCCUUUUGCUUGUGAGCUCUGUGGUAAUAGAUUUUGUGAAAAGGGAAGUUUAAACAAACACACGAGCGUCCACACAGGAGAGAAGCCCUUUCCUUGUGAGCUCUGUGGAACGAGAUUUAGCCAAAAGACUAAUUUAAACAGUCACAUGAGAGUCCACACAGGAGAUAAGCCCUUUCCUUGUGAGCUCUGCGGAACGAGAUUUAGCCAAAAGACAAAAUUAAACACACACAUGAGAGUCCACACGGGAGAGAAGCCCUUUCCUUGUGAGCUCUGUGGACAAAGAUUUAGUCGAAAGGGAAGUUUAAACACACACAUGAGAGUCCACACAGGACAGAAGCCUUUUGCUUGUGAGCUCUGUGGUAAUAGAUUUAGUGAAAAGGGAAGUUUUAACAAACACACGAGCGUCCACACAGGAGAUAAGCCCUUUCCUUGUGAGCUCUGUGGAACGAGAUUUAGCCAAAAGACUAAUUUUAACAGUCACAUGAGAGUCCACACAGGAGAUAAGCCCUUUCCUUGUGAGCUCUGUGGAACGAGAUUUAGCCAAAAGGCACAUUUAAACACACACAUGAGAGUCCACACUGGAGAGAAGCCUUUCGCCUGUGAGCUCUGUGGUAAUAGAUUUAGUCAAAAGGGAAGUUUAAACACACACAUGAGAGUCCACACAGGAGAGAAGCCUUUCGUCUGUGAGCUCUGUGGUAAUAGAUUUAGUCAAAAGGGAAGUUUAAACACACACAUGAGAGUCCACACAGGAGAGAAGCCUUUCGUCUGUGAGCUCUGUGGUAAUAGAUUUAGUGAAAAGGGAAAUUUAAACACACACAUGAAAGUCCACACAGGAGAUAAGCCCUUUCCUUGUGAGCUCUGUGGAACGAGAUUUAGCCUAAAGACAAAAUUAAACCGUCACAUGAGAGUCCACACUGGAGAGAAGCCUUUCGCCUGUGAGCUCUGUGGUAAUAGAUUUAGUGAAAAGGAACGUUUAAACACGCACAUGAGAGUCCACACUGGAGAGAAGCCUUUCGCCUGUGAGCUCUGUGGUAAUAGAUUUAGUGAAAAGGGAAAUUUAAACACACACAUGAGAGUCCACACUGGAGAGAAGCCUUUCGCCUGUGAGCUCUGUGGUAAUAGAUUUAGUGAAAAGGGAAGUUUAAACAAACACAUGACAGUCCACACAGGAGAGAAGCCCUUUCCUUGUGAGCUCUGUGUAAAAAGAUUUAGCCGAAAGACACAUUUAAACAGACACAUGAGAGUCCACACAGGAGAGAAGCCUUUUGCUUGUGAGCUCUGUGUAAAAAGAUUUAGCUUCAAGACACAUUUAAACAGUCACAUGAGAGUCCACACUGGCUUUUCGCCUGUGAGUUCGGUGGAAAAGAUUUACCCAAAAGAUCAGUUUAAACGGUCACAAAAGAGUCCAUAAAGGACAGAAGCCUUUUGCUUGUGAGCUCUGUGGAUGAAGAUUUCGCUGAAAGAAAUCUUUAAACAAUCAUCUAAUCAUCCACUAGGGCUGAAUGAUCUAUUGCAGGGGUCUCCAACCUUUUCUGGCCCGUGAGCUACUUUUACACAAUGAAGUACAGCAGAGUUACUGCCAUAUGAUUUAUUUACAUUGAUACUUUCCAUGUGUGAAUAUGCUUAUGUUAAACAUGCUAUACUUACUAUAUUAACAUGCAUUGUACUCACAAGUUGAUUUCUCUGUAUUUCAGUACAUCAGUAUAUAUAUUUUAAAAGUAUAUGUAAACUAGUGACAUUCUGAAAACCAAAUUAAACAAAACAUAUGUAGUUUUUUAAACUAAUCAGAUACUUUCAGAUAAUGAAUAACAAAUCUACUUCAUGUGAAUGAUUUGGUCAUUUUUUAGAAGGUUAGUAACAUUUUUUCAGCGCACAGGAACAGCUAACCUGUAAAGCUGAUGAUGUGUUAAAUAAAUACAAGCUAAAUGUGAUGAAAAGACAAAAGUCUAAAUAGUUUGAAUUGAAGUAAAAAAUGUAAAAUCAGAAAUAAGACUUGUUCCUGCUCUCCUGAUGUACUGAAUAAUUUUUAUGGGGUUUUUUUUUUUGGUCAUGAAAGUUAAGUUUUGCUGCGUUUAUUGCUGACAUUAUGAAGCUUGGAGGUUUAUCCUUUUUUCUGCAUCUUGUAGGUUUUUUCUCCGCACGUCUCUAAAGUAAAAUUUUCUAGUGCAGAGUGGAGACAACCCAUAGGAGCACUGAUUUGAUCUCAUUUCAGAGAAAAAUAGCACAGGUUAGAUGCACCUAAUAAAUAAAAUUAUAACAAACUCGGGAAUCUGUUUCUUUGCUUCACUGUUCUGGUGCUGAGAACAUCACUAAUGCGGAUCAAAGGAGAUCCACAGAUGAAUGCACCUCUUAUUUAUUAUUUGGAAACUACAUUUACUGCAGCUGGGAGAGGCAGAAAUUUUUUCUAUUGAUACACGGAAUUUACAGAAUCAUUUUAAAUGUUAAUAGGGGAAGACUGCAGGAGGGAGCGGUAAAAUACAGGGGGUCCCCAGCAAAAACAAACUUUACGAGCCUGAUGAAACCCGCUGGUUUUCCAUCAGGCAGUCACGGGGCAGCUCCAACGACCCAAUGGCUGUGCUGGGUCAAUGUUAUCGAGCUCAGUCCGGCUCGGCCGUGAACAAGCUGAGGCGACGUCGUGCUCUGCUUGAAGAGGUGUUAUUUUCCCGCUUCAGAAGAAGCGUCCAACGUGUUUUUACGCUUUCUCCGAGACAUGUCAUGUCGCUAAGUUGUUAGCGCCGUGCGAUAACACGUCAAUAGUGCAGCGUAGCCUGCUGGAGGUUUUAAGGGUUCAGAUGAAAACACCCGACCUCUCACGCUGCUCACACAUCGAUCUUAAGUUGUCGCUGUUGCGCUCACAUCGUAAUACAGUAUUAGAUGCGGUUAAAGUCAGACAUGAAAAAAUAAAAUAAAUUUUACAUGAAUAAGUGAUGCUUAUCCUGGUGGGGCGAGGAAACCCUGUCAAGAUCGUCAACGCUCAUUUAUCUUAAUGCUAUUGAAACAUGUAAACCAAAAGGCAUUAUAUCCACUGCUACCUUUAUGCUGUAACUUCACCCUGCCCUGCCUGCUCCUCCUUGCUGCCUGCCGGCUGUGAUCACAAGCGACAACAUAGUAGUUCCUGCUGCUUCCUCGUGAAACGCCUAUGUAAGGGAAACCCCGGUGUAGUUAUUGUGUAAAGCAGUAUAUACUAGGAAUGAUUAAUAAAAAUAAAAACUAGAAUUGAACCUGAGUUACAUAGUAAUAACAAUUUAAGAACUCAGAAACAAUAAUACACUAACUUACUAAGUAAUUACCAUGUAAGUACUAAGUUAUUAGAGGACUGUAAAAGAAAGCGCUACCAAUAAUUGUACUUAAUAUGCUUUUAUGUUUGUGUGCUAUGUUCUGUGUCAAUAUUCUUUGAUUUUAUUUUACACAACAUGAUGUGACAUUUUAACUAUUUCAUUUCACUUGUGAUUGUUUUAACUAUGUGAAGCACAUUGGGCUACCGUUUUGUGUAUGAAAUGGGCUAUAUAAUAAACUUGACUUGAGAGAGA